UUUAAGUACUUGCUCUGCAGCACAAACACUGCAAAAUUGGAAAUUAACCAACCAAAAACAAUUACUAUAUUUGGUUUGAUUUUUCUUUUUACAUUAUAAUCUUUUUACAGUAUAACAACAACAACAACAACAACAAAAAAAACCAACGUCAGCUUCAACUUCUCCUCUCCAGUCCUCUCUAUCUUAUAUCUUUCUCUAUGUCUCUCUAAGUUUUUUUUUCUCCCCAUAGAAAAUAGAUAAACUGUACAUUUCUCUAUUUCAGGAUACCAUAUCAUCCAAGCUGCACAGACAAGAUGUUGAGCUUGCCUAAAACUUUCAUGACGCCUGAAUUUAAGUUACUCCAUUGAUUCUCACGUCUCUUGAGCAAUACUGCUAAAUGCAUAGUGUUGACUCCAACUUUAUUAUUAAUUUCGACCAUGACCACAAAGCCAUGCUGAGAAGGAAAAAAGGGUUGUUUUGAGGGUGUACACAGGACUGUGGGAUGGCAUUACUUUCUUAUUAUUAAACAAGUAUCUCCAACCUGUCCACUGAAAGCAGUUCCAGACUGCAGAGAACAAAGAAUUAACUAAUAGUAUAAUUAACUGAUCUUGCACAACUUUAAUUUAAUAAACUCCGUGCCCAAACUUCAUUGAUAACUGUUCCAGAUUAUUCCCAUCCAAUUUUAACUAUAGGUCUUAGGUUAUUUCAAAACAUCCAGCCCUAUUUGUAUUUUUUUCUUCAAAAGGGGAUAUUUUAAAUCUAAUUUUGAAGGUAUAGAGAGAGUGCCUGUCUCCCAAAUCCAAACUGGGAGCUGGUUCUACAGAGGAGGAGCCUAAAAACUCUAAUUUUGAAUAAAUGAAUGUAUCUGACUAGCAGCAUGUGUUCAUCAACAUAUAGCUAUCAUUACUUGGAAUCAUCUAUUAAACAUAUGCUUCAAUGUAAACUUUCUGUUGUUAGACAUAAGGGUGUGUUUGUGCUUGUUUCCUUUUUUUAAAAUAUCUUUUUCAUUUGUGUUUUGUUUCUCAUCUUUGCUGUUAAUCUUUUUGGUCAUUCAUUAAAUAAUGAACAUUUUAAAAGCACAAUUUUCCUCUACAGAUAUUUCGUCAUGUCCAACAACAACUCCUGAAAUAACACCAUCACCUACACCAACAUACACACCAAUGGACUUUGAUAUAGUCCUUGAAUUACACAUCCCAGCAUCCAGUGCGGCCCCAGAUUUCAGUGAUGUACUCAGACACAUUGUGAGAAAUGUCUCCCUAACCCAAAUCAUCAUUGACUCUUUAACACUGAAAAACCUGACCUUCACCACAUGGUGCUAUCCAAACUCCACUGGAGGACUGCAGUGUCAGUGUGAGGACCAGUUUGCUUGGUCAUGUGACAAGUGUGGAGUAUACGGUGCCUGUGGUGAUGUCAUCUCCCAAACAUGUGGCUGCAUAAAAGGACUUCCUUCUACUGGAGAGUUCUGUGAACCAAUCACAAACGUUUCUUCAUGUCCAACAACAACUCCUGAAAUAACACCAUCACCUACACCAACAUACAUGCCAGUGGAGUUUAAUAUAGACUUGAACUUGCUCUUCCCAAUAUCCAGUCUGCCCCCAAAUUUCAUUGAUCUGUUUAGAGACUAUGUGGGAAAUUUGACUUUCCCCCAAACAAUCAGUUGGUCUUUAAUACUGGAAGAAUUGAACUUCACCACAUGGUGCUAUCCAAACUCCACUGGAGGACUGCAGUGUCAAUGUGAGGACCAGUUUGCCUGGUCAUGUGACAAGUGUGGAGUAUACGGUGCAUGCAGCAAUGUCACCUCCCAAACUUGUGAAUGCAUCAAAGGGCUUCCUCCUGGUGGAGAGUUCUGUGAACCAAUUACAAAUAUUUCGUCAUGUCCAACAACAACUCCUGAAAUAACACCAUCACCUACACCAACAUACAAGCCAGUGGAGUUUAAUAUAGACUUGAACUUGCUCUUCCCAAUAUCCAGUCUGCCCCCAAAUUUCAUUGAUCUGUUUAGAGACUAUGUGGGAAAUUUGACUUUCCCCCAAACAAUCAGUUGGUCUUUAAUACUGGAAGAAUUGAACUUCACCACAUGGUGCUAUCCAAACUCCACUGGAGGACUGCAGUGUCAAUGUGAGGACCAGUUUGCCUGGUCAUGUGACAAUUGUGGAAUAUACGGUGCAUGCAGCAAUGUCACCUCCCAAACUUGUGAAUGCAUCAAAGGGCUUCCUUCUACUGGAGAGUUCUGUGAACCAAUCACAAACGUUUCUUCAUGUCCAACAACAACUCCUGAAAUAACACCAUCACCUACACCAACAUACAAUACUUUUUUAUCUCCAACAACAACUCCUGUCAUAACACCAUCAACACCAUCCUUUACUACAACAACAAAUGUCACCACACCAGUAACAACAAUACCUACUACAACAAAUGUCACAACAACUACAUCACCUACAACAACAAAUGCACCAGUGGUCUUCUAUAUAGCAGUUGAAAUGCACAUCCCAGCAGUCAGUGUGCCCCCAAAUAUCACUGUUGUACUCAGAGACAUUAUGAAAAAUGUCGUCUCCCCUCAAAUCGAGUCUUUAACAGUAAAAGACUUGAACUUCACCACAUGGUGCUCUCCAGUCUCUACGGGAGUGCAGUGUCAGUGUGAGGACCAGUUCGCUUGGUCAUGUAAGAAGUGUGAACAAUAUGGAGCAUGCAAUAAUGUCACCUCACAAACCUGUGGGUGCAUAAAUGGGCUUCCUCCUGGUGGAGAAUUAUGUCAACCAAUCUCAACUUUCACUCCAUGUAUAACAUCAGCUACAACUACAUUACUAUCAGUUACAACUACAACAAUGACGAUAACACCAACAAUGCCAAACACAACAACAACAAUGCCCUUUCUACCACCACCACUGACAAUCACAACAUCAACAACAACAACCACAGCAUCAUCAACAACAACAACCACCACAACAUCAACAACUGCACAGAUGAAGAAGACACUAGAAAUAACUAUGGAUGUUGAAUUCAAGGAAGAAUACAAUCAGGAAACCAAUGACUUUCACAUAACUGUUAGCAACACUAUCAGGGAUGAAGGACGGAAGCAAGGAAUAGAAGCAAAAUUAAUCAACUUCCGGAGUGGAAGUACCAUUGCCCAAUAUCAAGUCAGUGCUAACUCUUCUGUUACACCAGACUUUCAAGCACUAAAUUUAAAAAUAGCUGGCAAGCUGGCAGAAUCAUACCCUGUGGUAUUUGAGGCAUCGGGUCCCCUGACAUUUGUGCCAAAUGAUGGAUUUUAUGAGGAAACAGUGACUGUCACAUGUGGCCCUCCACCAGUGAAUCUCAAUUUUGGCACUGUCUCAGCAGCAGAGUGGAGACGUAAUACGGUGCUCAUAUCUGAAGAUGGAGAACACAGAAUUUCAAUUAAGGAUGGAAUAUCAACCUUAACUGUGUCAAGGUUUAUUAGCUCUGACAAUGGAGUUUAUGAAUGUCGGCUCAUUCGUACAAACGACAAAGCAUUUUUUCACCAGAAAUCUGCAACAUCCUUCAGUCUGAAAACAAAACCCACAAUCACAGUCUCACCAAUCAGACAGUAUGUGCAAUGUUCUGGAGGAAGUGUGGCUCUGAAGUGCAGUGUGAAUGAUGGGUAUGAGGUUGAGUUUCGGGGCUUUUUGCAAGCAGGCACUGGUACUUCAAUUACCUAUAAUUAUCCUACACCUCAAGGUUGUGAACAAGGGGAAAAGCCAAUCAUCUGUCAGUUAAAAAACCAACCGUUAUUUACAAAUGCAAUAACACUACAAUUAUCAUCACAGAACGCUGUCUGUAAAGAUGACAGAUUUGGCCAAGGAGAUGUAGGUUACAAAGCUGCAGUGCCCUGUUCAGAACCAAACAAGGUGGGAGAAAUAACUGCAGUCUGUAAGGAGAGUGGAAAUUUUGAAGACAUUCAAGACAACUGCAUCCUGUUGCCAGUUAAGGAGCUGCUUGACCAGUCUCAGUUCUUGACUGCCACUACCUUGCCAGCAUUUUUGGAACAGCUCAGCAAUGUCACUGUCAGUUUUACUGAAGAAGUGAUUACAUCUCCUCCCAACAUUAAAGCUAUUGUGAAAAUACUCACCAAUGUAGCCAACAAAACUUCAUCCUUCAAUGUCUCGAUUAGCAGAGAUUCAAUGGAGAAUGUCUUGAUAACAGCAGGGGUUCUCACCAUCAAUGGAACAAAGAAAGCAUGGAACACAUUGAACAAUAAUGACUCCACAAGCAUCUUAAACAAUACUGAUGCUGGAAGUGUCAGCUCGUCUUUAUUGGACUCCCUUGAAAAAAUAACAUCUCAUCUUGUCAAUACAACUUUUGACAUUAAGACAGAAUUUAUUCAGUUAAACAGAACUACAUUCACAGACACUUUCAAUGCUGAAUUUAAUUCUUCAGUGGUAAUAAAAAUACCAGAGUCUUAUGGAGAUAACAAAACAAUCACUAUGAUAGUAUUUAACUCGUUAGAUAAUGUACUACCUGCAAGAAAUGAGGCCAAUUCAUCGCUCAACUCCAUAAACGGCAGGGUUGUACUUGUUCAGUCCAGUGGCCAAAUCAAAAAUAUCUCUUUCACAUUUGCUAUUUUAAAUGAUACACUGCAAAAGCCUGAAUGUGUCUUCUGGAACUUCAGCCUCUUUGAUGGCCUGGGAGGAUGGGAUGGCAAGGGCUGCGAGUUAGUGUUAAACAUAAAUGAAACAGAAACUGUCACCUGCAACUGCAACCACCUGACCUCAUUCUCCAUCCUCAUGUCCCCGAACAGUCCGAAGAAACUCUAUUUGGACAUUAUAACCUACAUUGGAGUUGGCAUUUCAAUGGGAUCCUUGGUCAUAUGUCUCAUCAUUGAAGGCCUCAUUUGGAGAAAAAUAAGAAAGAAUGACACCUCUUACUUGCGUCAUGUUGCCAUUGUUAACAUCGCCGUUUCCCUCCUGAUUGCAAACAUUUGGUUUAUAAUUGGAGCGGCCAUUUCCGAUGCAGAAGUUAAAAACCCUCCAGCAUGCACUGCAGCUACCUUUUUUAUCCAUUUUUUCUACCUGGCCCUGUUCUUCUGGAUGCUGGCCUCAGCUAUGCUGCUGCUCUACCGUACAACAAAUGUUUUUGCUGGUGGUUUGUCUAAAGCAUCUAUGCUGGCCAUUGGAUUUUUUCUAGGCUACGGAGCUCCUCUCAUCAUUGCAACAGUAACUAUAGCUGCAACUGCACCUGACAACGGAUACAUCCGAGAAAAUAUCAUAUGUUGGCUCAACUGGGAUAAGUCCAAAGCUCUGCUGGCAUUUGUGAUUCCUGCACUAUCAAUAGUGGUGAUAAACCUCAUUAUCCUGGUUGUGGUUUUGUACAAAAUCAUAAGGAGAAGGGUUGGAACAACUGCUGCACAAGCAGAGGAAAGGCAUGUCUUAGUGGUUAUUGCCAAGAGCUUGGCUGUGCUCACACCAUUUUUUGGCAUAACUUGGGGUUUGGGAGCUGGAAUUCUGGCUGAUCCAAGAAAUGAAGGAAUCCAUAUUGCAUUUGCAUUCUUCAAUUCGCUACAGGGUUUCUUUAUUCUGGUAUUUGGAACACUGCUGGACGGUAAGGUGCGGUCAGCAAUAGCAUCAUGGUCACAACCCUCCAGAAGUAGGACAGGGAGCACAAGUGCUGGAAACUCAACAUCAAGUGGACUUCGAGUUUUAAGGAACUGGAGACGUGGGAGAGAUGGCUACAACAUGACAUCCAGUGCAUCCAGUGAUUUGCAUUCAGUUAGCAACACAUAAUGUAUGCAGACAACUGUGGUUAUUCAGAUAACCAACAAGAAGUCACCUCACUAACAGGUGCCAUGUUGAAGAGAAAAAUAAUGUUAUUUGCUUCACUUGUCUGUCAUUUUCUACAUGUAUUCAUCAUAAGCUAAUUUUAAAUACCAAACAACAUUUGUUAAAGAAAGUUUUGGUGUUAAUCACUUUAUAAGCUUGGCUACUACUUAGUUGUAGAAGAAAAUCCAUCUCUAAAUCUUGCGGUUUUAUUUCGUCUGAAUAUAUUAUAGCACACAAUCCCAAAUUUAUUCUAAUGAAAAUAAUUCAUUUAGCUUUAAUAAUAUCAUUAAUUCUUACCUAUUGCUGGUAUUUUUAGUCUGUAUAUGUUGUGCUGUAUAAUAAUAAUUUCUUAAUAAUUUCCAUACAUGUUAAUUUUACCCAUACUUUUUUUCUUUGUUGACCACAUUAUAGUUAUACUAACUAGUACCUUUAUAUUAUAGUCACUCUUUACUGGCUACUCAAAAAUAAACCAAAUAUGCUUUUAUCUUUUUUUUGCACACUUAUCGUUGUAUAUUCUUGCAUAAUUUUGACAUGCCUUUAUUUUGAUCCUGUUUAAUAAUGUAUACAACUACAAUUUGCUUUCUAUUACUAAUUAUGUCCUGAAUUUGUUACAUUCAGAAUUAUGAUUAAAAUAUUUAAAAAACU